CCCAAAGAUUUAAUUUUUCCGGAAUGCUGGAAAGCAAACGAUGUGCUGUACCAACGCAUCGAAUCAGAGAGGAAGAUGCAGAUGACAAAUGAUCCAGGAAGCAUAAUGAUAACGAUAGCUGUGUAUUCCCCUUGUGAGAAUUCAAGGUGUAAGUGUAAAGCGGGGAAAUUUACGGAAGAUGAACUUAAUACUGUAGGAUGGGCAGAUAGUAAGUGCACCAGGUCUGGUUGUAAUCAUCCACUGUCUAAUCAUAUCCGACGUAUAAAAUACGUAUCAAAUACUGAAUAUAUGGCAGUAAUAAAACUAGUAUAUGAUAUCAAUAAUAUAAAAGCAGCAUUAGAAAUUUCAUAUGCAAAUCCCAAAUUGCAGAGAAAUAUUUUGAUUGGAUCACUUUAUGAAUCAGUUUAUAAAGUUUUAUGCAAAACUGUCCGCUAUGAUCCAUUUAAAGCACCUAAUAUUGAUACAAUUUAUGGGAGUCCACCUUUUGAACAGAUCAACAUACAACAAAUUUUAAUAAACUUUUCUAGGCUCUAUUUUUUUGGUGAUAAAGAGGUCUUGACUUUCAAGCAAGCACUUAAGGUCACCGAAUUUUUACUUCGUUCCUUUGAUACAUGGAUGUGGACUGUUCCAGACAAAAAAUCAUAUUUUUAUUCUGAACUAUUCUCAAAACCUUAUAGCUACUAUUAUUGUAGAUAUAUGGUAUAUUGUGAAAUUCCCAGAUUAAACCAUUCAAUUUCCCCACGAUACAAAGCAACUAUGAUUUUUGGUCGUGAAGUUUUGAGAUAUACUCUGGAAUCAUUCUAUAAAGAACUCCAAGUUAAAUAUAACGAUGAUUCAAAUAAAAUAUGCAAGAGACAUAGAAAUUUACAUAACUAUAUGCCCAUAUAUAUGACCUUUCUGAAGACAGCAUAUGAAAACCCUUAUUCACCAAUUUGGAACCAACCGGGAUUGUUGUUUGGUCGAUGUAAUUAGAGUAUCUGAGUUAUCUGAAUAGCCCUAAGUAAGAACUAAAAGGUUUAAUAUUGUUUUGUGUUGCUUGUUAUAAUUUAUGUUUAUAAUAAUUUUGAAUCAAUAGGCUAAAGUGAAUAAAUUAAAAAUAAAACCUUAAAAUGAAAAAAAAGUAAUGAUAAACAACAAAAUAAAUGUGCAGCUAUAUACUCACCAUUUAGGUAUUUUCUUUUUUUAUUUUGAAAUCAUUAUGUCGCAUAUCACAUAUAUUGAAAUAUUGAAUGUAAUAUUAACAUAAUAUUUGCAACUCAUUUAAAAUACCCAAAUAAUACAAUUAAAUUUCAUGAAUCUAUUCUAAUAUUACUGGUAAACUAAUUAAUGAAAACAAUUUUUAAUAAUUAAAUCAUUUAAAUGUAUUUAAAUGUUGACUGAUUUCAUUAAAAUAAUCUCUGUUUGUACCUACCUCAUAUUAUGUUCAAUUAUUUUUAUUUUAACUAAUUAAAUAUUUUAUCUACAAUAUACGGAUUAAUUAUUUAUCAAGAUUAAAAAGCUUAAUUAUUAAUAUUUAAACAAUUACUUUUAAUUAGUAAUAAAUACUUCAAGGUACAAAAACAUUGACUUUGUUAUAACCAUAAUUAUAAAUAAGUAUGGAAAUUUUAAAAUGAUAAAAAUGUUUUGUUUUAAUCGUAUUAGUCGCAUCUUGAUUCAAAAUAACAUUUUUAAAAUUAACCUAACUCAGUAGUACAAUGUAUUACUAAAUGUUAUAUAUAUAUACAUGUUCAAAAAAUUAUAACCUACCAAUUAUUAAUUUAUUAAAUUAAUAGAUGUAUUUAAAUCUAAUUUUCUUGUGAUUUUUUGUUAAAUCAAAAAUAAAAUAAUACUUUUAAUACUUAACAAAUAAUGGAAAAAAAAAAUAGUGAAUUAUUAGAUGCCUACUUAAAAAUUAUCUUAUUUAAUACUAUCAGAAAAUAUGUAAUUAAUUCUAUUUUAUAUUAGUAUUUAAGUUGAUUUAUAAUAUGUUAAUUUAUCAAUCAGUAGCAUAUUUACAAUGGCAUAUGCCAUAUGAUCUAGCUAGAUAAACCUGCUUUUAAAUAAGAAUAUUAUCUCAUUGUAUUAUGAUAUGUUCUGAUCCCUGUAAAAAAUUGUUAGUACACUAGUGCUGUAAAAAUUAUGUUGCUUGUUAUACAUGAAAUGUUAUUCAUUAUUGUCUAAAUGUUUGAGUGUUUAAUUACUGUAACUGAUGAUUGUCAUUGUGAUGCUGAUUUAGUGGACUUGAGCAGGAUAAAUAUUAAGUUAAAAUUAUCUCUUUUGAAAUUUAAGUACGAUCUUAUGUGAAAAAUAAACAAUUUAUAUGAUUCAAUUUCAAGAUUUAAUUUAAUACGCUCCAGUUCUCUUAAUUCUAUAUCAGCUAACAAAGCAACAUUGAAUGUUGGGUUUUAUUGUAUACCUAAAUUAAAAUAAGUUUAUUUUAGUAUUUUAACGGUAGCCAAUUAACUUUAAGAGGAAUGACAGCAUUUUUAUGACAUUACUUAUUAAAAAUCACUAUUACAUUAUAUAGUUUUCUUCAAAGGAUUUUACUAACAUUUUGAUUUAUUAUAUGACACUGAAAAAAAAUCUACAUGUUCAAUAGAAUUUUAAAGAACAUUCGUGAUUUUUCCCCUUUUUAUACAUUGCUAAUUUUACUCAGUAAAUGUUGAUACAUUAUGUUAUUUAUACCUUUAAAUAAAAUCCAAAUGUUUUAAUAUUUAAUUUAAAACUGUGUAUUAAACCUAAAA